AUGGCGGACCCUAUCAGCAUCAUAGGCCUUGCAUUCACGGUCAUACAGAUCCUCCGUCCAGCAGUUCAACAGUUGAAGGACGCGUACUCUAAGGGGGGUAGCGUUCAUCAGUCCUUGGAUGAACUCCGAGCCGAUUCAGAGGCCGUUUGCGACCUGAUUGAUAACAUACAUCGCGUUCUCAAGGCCCCAAAUUUCGUCGCUGCGGUGGAAGAAGUGCAGGGCGAGUCGCAGGUCAACUUGCUAGAAUGUCUCCAACGAGCUCUUCGAAGCUGCGAGCGCGAGGCUCAAAGACUCAGCAAGCUCCUCUACGACCUUGAUAUCUCAGGGGCUACCGGCCGCCUAAGACAAGGCAUGCUUCAACUGAAGCUUGAUAGACGCUCGGAUGACCUGCAACACAUCAAGCGCAACUUCCAAGAUCAUAAGAGCUCAAUUCAAUUGGCGUUCCAGGUCGUCACAACUUGCAAACAAAUGCAGAUCGCUGAACGUGAUGCUCUCAAUGCCGCAACGCUGAAAGCUCAGAUCAGUAAACUCGAGGUGGCCUUAGAGCAAAUGGCAAAAUUGCUGAACGAACGCCUAGUAUCGCCAGGAGAUAAAGAGCAGACAGUGCUGCUAAGCGAGAUGCAAGAAUUCCAGCAUAGUUCUGCAAGAGUCCGACGUCAAGCCACAAUGCGACUCGACCAGAUUACGUCUAUACUCGAGGAGACGCAGAGCUCACGUCCUAUCAUCAACAAAACCCGCCCUCCUGUACCACCGCGAAGGGCUGGCAAGGGCCGCGAAACACCGCCUGCAGGAGGGGAUCCGCCAAUUGACCAAAGCCCAGCCUCGAAGGUGCUGUCAACGCCGACGAUGCCAAGAGUGGAGAAACGUGUUGCAAGCAUGCCGACCACCCCGACCCCUCCAGCAAUCUCGCAAGUGAACGCCUUGAGCCCGGAAACGAAUAAGUUGCCCUCACCAGUGCUACCUGCCACGCGGUGUUUAGAUACGACUACGACUAGUCUGCAAGUAGAAGCUGAAGAUUUCGAGGAGCGGUUAUCGUCACUUUUAUCGACCGCGUCUGCCCAGCGUAUGGGUACCGAUAAGCCAUACAACGACGAGACAAUUCUGGGGGUUGGCGAACUACUCGCAAUACUUGGAAAGCAUGAGUGGAGCGUACGGCCCAGAUUGUAUCUCGUUCUCCGGAUGAUCAACGAAGUACGAGCGAUGAACAUGCUCAUUAUCGAAGGGUUCAAGGAUAUUCACUUCCCUUUCACUGAAGUUGACCUCACUUCCAGUCUCAAAUCCGCUGCUUCCAGGCAAAGCUUUCUUCGGCAACAACGAUCAGUCGAUCUUGUGCAAGGGGGCCGUCAUCAUCACCUUGACAAAGGAGCAGAUUCUUAUUUUGUCACCAAGGAGCAGCUUGGAAAAGGCGGCUUCAGCAUCGUCCAUCGUGUUCAAAGCAGGAUUGACUUGAUGGAAUACGCUCUAAAACGCAUCGAUCGAAGAAGUGGCACAUUUUCGAAGGACCGCAAGAAGCUUCUGUCCUUUGAGAAUGAGGUCCAUAACCUUAAGCGACUGUCACAUCAUCAUCUAGUGAAGCUCCUGGGUUCAUACACUGAUCGAAGAUACAUUGGCAUCAUCAUGGAACCAGUAGCUGAUCUCGAUCUGCAACAAUAUCUGACCCGAGAUACAUGGACUACACAAGACUAUGUCGUCCUUCGGGGCUUUGUGGGAUGCUUGUGCUCCGCUCUAGUCUACCUUCACCAUAAUAAAUGCCGCCAUAAAGAUCUCAAACCCUCCAAUAUUCUCAUCAAAGGCGAGCAAGUGUAUGUAGCAGACUUUGGACUCGCCUUAGACUGGACUGAGGCGCAGCGAGAGACUACGAUGGGCCAACCCGAGGCUUAUACACCGGCAUACAUCGCACCCGAAGUUGGCAUGCUGCAACCUCGUAAUACCGCAUCAGACGUAUGGUCUCUGGGAUGUAUUUAUCUGGAGAUUGCAACUGUUCUUACCAAGAAACAACUGCGCUCGAAGGCUGAAUUCUUCCAAACCAAAGGGACACUCUCAACGAACUAUUGGCAGAACCCAGAGGCAAUUCAGAGUUGGAUAGCCGAGCUGUCGGAUGGAUCAACGAUUGAUCAGCCCUUGUUACAAUGGACCGGUAACAUGACAGCCAGUAAUCCUAAACUAAGACUCACAGCUCAAGAUCUCCAAACGAUGAUAGCACAGGAACAAGCCAAGGGAAUCCAUUAUAGCGGUCCAUGUUGUGCAAGUGAGGGUAUGACUGGAGACGGAAGUGACACAACAUCUUGGGAAGGCUCGCAGUCAGGAGAUGAGACCUUUCAGACGACCGUACUGAGUAAUGGCAUGUCGGACGCACCUACCGUCAUCAACGACACUACGAAUACAUCCAUCGGCAGUGACGUGACACUUCAGGCACCUCCCACGAGUAUUGAAGAGACGGAGCAUACGCCUUCCCAUGUACCGAAGCAUUUCGGUCAUCAUCCCGCGGGAGGUGUCGGUCAGUCGCACCCUAUAUGGCUCAACGUCGGGAACGAUACAAAUGUACCCUUAUGCGCCACACCUGCGGCUGUGACCGAAGACAACUACCCAAGACCGACAACGCCCGGUACGGAAAAGACCAAGGAUUUGGAUAAAACUCGUGCCGACAUACCGGAGGUGCAAGUAACGAAAGCAAAACACAUAGCCAGGGAUCGCACAGGCAAACGUACUGAUCAUGAGCACGAAGCCACUCACUUGCGAUUUGUGCAUAUACCAAAGGCUGCAGAACCCACGAAUGAAGAAGACUCUUCUCUUACCAUCAGUCUUGCGGAAGCGUUUGUAGCCGACGACGGCGCAUUUGAAUCUCACAUGGCCCUUGCGAGGGAGAAAAACCCAAACUGGAGAGAUGAAAUCACUGGUCUGAUCGCGGCUGAGGCUCUCGACAGAUACCAAGCCAAUGUUAUGCUUGUCGCCAGCAACUUCUUCGACGACUCUCUCGCACGUGAUGUGAUAGAGCACGCCCUCUUUGUGGAUCCACAGAUCCUCAAUCGACGCGAUGUGUUCAACCAUACUGCGUUGCAUUAUUCGGCGAACAGACAUAGAGCUGGUAUGGUAAAGUACUUGAUCAAGAAAGGUGCCAAUGUAACGAUCACGAGCAUUCGAGGCCAGACCGCUUUCCACGUUGCAAUCCAUCGACGAAGCUUAGAGACUUCCAAAAUUCUGCUCCGCUACCUUGGCGCAGCAGAUGUCAAUACCAAAGACGAUUGUGGUCAAACUGCACUGCAUCUGGCGUGCUAUCAUGAUGCGCCAACAGAAAUCAUCUUGGGAAUGCUGGCGGCUGGUGCUGAUGCAAAUGUCAAAGACUUGGUUGGCACAACACCACUGAAUAUCAGCGAGAACAUUGGCAACCUGGAGAUAGCCAAUGUACUACGAGAGCAUGGAGCAGACGAACCCGAACUUUCUCCGCCACCGCCACUGUAUCAGAGCACACUUUCCCUCGCCCGUCAACAGGAGCCAGCUCAUUGCCCGUGUGAUGUCUGUUGUCUGUUCCAGGCAGUCAGCGAAGUCGGCGAUCUCGUGCCUGAUCUGGCAUUUUGCACGUGCGCCUACCAUUUGGUAAGCCUCUCAUUGCAGACGUUGAGCGAUGUGAACGUGGUAGUGUCGUGCCUGAAUACGUGCACGUGUUCGUCUUGUGAAGGAGAGCGUAUCCUGAAUGAGAAUCGAGAGCCCUGCGUUCAGAUUCCGUCUUGCGACUGUGAAGAGUGCAUGGCCCAAAUCAGCCCACCAGGGCCGUUCACGAAUCCUCCUUCUCUACCCUACAGAGACGAUUUUGCUGGCCAGCCGCUACCUCCAUAUCCAGAUCAUAGCUACUACGACUAUAUCAUCGAUGAGUACACCAUGGAAGACGACACAGGACCAUCGCCACAAGAGAUAACGGCCCAGGCCUUGGCCUGUCUUGCCCAAGCUGGAUUCAAGGGAAAGAAAUCGUAUCGAAAUGAGCCAGAGAAGGCCCUUAAGUGGGUCAUUAGUAACAAUGCCACUACACCUUGGGUUGACAAGAUUGUUGAAAUUCUGCUAGACUGCGGAGCGUCGGUCAAUACGACAGACAAGAGUGGGUGUACUGGCCUUCACAUAGCUGCUCGAACGCAAGAUGUUCGUUUAGCCAUGGUACUUAUUCAACAUGGGGCACAACUUGACGUGCCUCGUCAGGCAAUGUUCGCAGCUAAAGCGGAUUUCACCCCUCUCAGAUACGCGCUCUGGUUCAAUAACGCGCUAUCGCUUCGACAGCUCUUGUCAGCAGGCGCAAACAUCAAUGACCAGUCAGCGAAUGCUCGGAGUACAUUACUCCACGAUGCAGUCACACACUAUGAUCUCCUAGGCUGGCAUAUACCAAUGCUCUUAGCGCAUGGAGCCGAGACGGAACUAGAAGAUGAGGACGCAAACACACCACUUCAUCUCGCAAUCUUGCUGCAGCAGAGAUUCGCUGUCGUUGCACUCCUAGAUGCGGGAGCCAACAUCGAAGCCAUCGGGAAAGCUGGUGCGAAGCCUCUAGCCAUGGCGCUCGAAAGCGGCGAUUACGGCAUCAUCACCCUCCUCCUUGAACGUGGUGCAAACGUACACUCACGUGCUGACGGCAUGACAUGCGCGCUAUUCUACGCAGUACAAAUGGGCUACGUCGACAUAGUGAACAUACUCCUUGAAGACUACGGAGCAAGGGAGGACAUUCAUCGCACUGAUCUCACAGGCCGAAGUAUUCUACACGUUCUUGUGCAUACACAUGUCGAUUGCAUGCUCAGUAUACUCGACAAAUUGAUUGGAGAAGGCGCGAACGUGAAUGCAGAGGACUACUCUGGAUCGACGCCGCUACACGAGGCCGCGAAGCUGGGGAGUAGUGUAAUGGUCAGUGGGCUGCUAGAGUAUGGGGCUACGAUCAAUGUACAGAAUCGUCAGGGCAAGACUCCGUUGGAUCUUGCGCAGGCGAAGAAGCAUCGUGAAGUUGUGGCGUACUUGGGUGGGACAAUGAAGAAGAAGGGUUGGUUUCGCCGGAGUUAG